ACAAAUGAGAUCACAGCAGCUUUUGCCAAAUUACCUCAGAAAGUCAUCUGGAGGUACAAAGGUAAAAAACCAGCCACUCUGGGCAACAACACUUUGCUAGUCAUCUGGACACCACAGAAUGACCUUUUAGGACAUUCAAAGAUUAAACUAUUUGUGGCUCAUGGAGGGUCAAACAGAGUUCAAGAAGCACUCUACCAUGGAGUGCCUAAUCUAUUAAGAAUUGAAGCAAGAGGAGCAGGGAAGCUAAUUGAUAUCUUUACUAUAAAUGAAGACAUCUUCUUUCAGGGUAUUCAGGAAGUCCUGACUGAGCCCUCCUAUAGGACGAACAUGCAGAGACUCUUCAGGCUGCACAGAGAUCAACCAAUGAAGCCACUGGAUAAUGCCCUCUUCUGGAUAGAGUUUGUCAUGAGACACAAAGGUGCAGCUCACCUAAGAACAGAGUCCUACAGACUGCCCUGGUAUUCCUACCACUCUGUAGAUGUGAUGCUAUUCUUAUGCUUUAAGAAAUUAAAGCAGCAAUGAAAAUGAAACUUUAACCACAAAAAUGCUUAUUAUAUGUCAUUUAAAUAUGUGAAAUGUGAAAUUGUUGGCUUAGUUAUUUGUACUGUGAUUUGAUUGGCAAAAUAGAAAUACAUAUUUCACAUACCCAGCACUCUGUGUGAACAAACUUGUCAUGUCACUGACAACUAAUUUUUCUUUACAAGUUGUUAAGUGCAUUUUAAAAAAACAAAUGUAUUAAUGGUUUCACAACCACAUUCAAUACAAUUUGAAUAGUCCUAAGCGUAAAAGUGCAUUUGAAAAGUAUUAACAUAUGUAAAGGUUCUUUCCAUUUAAGAGGACCAGCUCAUGAGCAGUAAGCAGCUAAUUUUGAAAAUUUAAAAAGGCCUAUAUUUUGCGCCCUCUAAAGCAUCAAUGCUACUGUACAAAGGUAUUGAGGAUUCAUAUUGUUAUCUUAUCUGUUAUUCCUACUAAUCAGUAGAUGUCAUAUUAUUUUCAUUAACAGUUGCACUACUUAUUUUGUCACUUAUUGUGAGGUUAUUAUGGUCAUGCUUCAGAUCGUGUUUGAAAAGGAAAAUGGCAUCUGAAUAACAAGGAGGGUUGCACUGUUUUUUUAUUUUCAAACUGGUUAAUAUAUUACAGUCAAUUUGGCUGUGAAUGAGUAGAUGUUUUGUACUAUGCCUUCAGUUGACUGCAAGUUUCCUACAAAAAACAAUCUGUCAAAGAUUAAACAUAACUGCCAGCUUGGCUGUCAACUUCCUGAGUGAGGUCUG